CCAAACCCUUCAUUUGAUGUCAUAUAUAUUUACUUCCAAUCGGCACAAAUCACAUGUACCUGUGACAAUCUUUCCUGCAGUACAUCUUUUUAGAGUUCUGAAAACUCCUAAUCCUCUUUCUUUCUACAGCUUUUCAUCUUAAAAUCAUCAAGUAGUACGAGGCAAUGGCCAGCGAUCAAAUGAAACCGGUUGCUGCACUGCUUUUGUUCCUUAAUUUCUGCAUGUAUGUCAUUGUUUUGGGGAUUGGUGGAUGGGCCGUGAAUAGAGCAAUUGAUCAUGGAUUUGUCAUCGGAUAUGGCUUCAAGCUGCCAGCGCAUUUCUCACCUAUCUACUUCCCCAUGGGAAAUGCUGCCACCGGAUUCUUCGUCACAUUUGCUCUUCUAGCAGGAGUUGUUGGUGUAGCAUCAGCAAUCGCCGGUAUCAACCAUAUUCGUUCGUGGAAUGCUAGUAGCUUGCCAUCAGCAGCUUCAAUUGCUACCGUUGCUUGGACCCUUACUGCAGUUGCCAUGGGAUUUGCCUGCAAAGAAAUUGAACUUGAAAUCAGGAAUGCUCGUUUGAGAACAAUGGAGGCAUUUUUAAUCAUACUUACAGCUACACAGCUUAUUUACAUAGCAGCGAUUCACGGAGCAUUUUGA